GCAAGCAAAUCGGUCCAAGAUAAGUAUAUCUAAAACAGGUAAAGCAUUUAUUGAAGGGAACGUUAGCUAUUGUUCCAGAAUAUAGCCAAAUCUCACUUCUUAUUUAUAGUGAGUUGACAAAGGGUUGGCGUCGGUUCAAGCUGUUAUAUUCCAUCCCAGCUUUACGCAUCACAGCCAGCGGGGACAAUGGCUUUGAGAAGAGGCACAAGGAGAGGGGUAACGUUAGUAUGGACCUUAUUACUUCUAGCUGCCUUCUGCCUACCGACAAUCUACUCCCAUGGAGCUGAGCAUGACGAACCAAGGCCGGGUGAUGAGAAUAACCACCCGCCCAUUAUACGCUUGGAUAAGAACAUGGUCCAAGAUAAAGAUCACAUCAUGGAGCACUUGGAGGGGGUGAUUGACAAGCCAGAGUCUGACAUGUCGCCUCAGGAGCUGCAGCUGCACUACUUCAAGAUGCACGACUACGACGGCAACAACCUGCUGGACGGGCUGGAGCUGGCCACGGCCAUCACACACGUGCACAAGGAGGAGCGAGGAGAGAACACUCAGCCAAUGAAAGAGGAGGACCUAAUAAGCCUCAUCGAUGACGUUCUGCGUGAUGAUGACAAAAACAACGAUGGCUACAUAGACUAUGCUGAGUUCGCAAAAUCUCUGGAGUAGAGGAUUGAAGAAGCGCAAAAGAAAGAGGAGACCGGCUUUGCCUUACCACAGACUUAUCUCUGAACACACUCUUUCUCUUGGGUAAGGCUCAGUUAUGGGCUCGUCUUAUGGAUAGGACUUAAGUUGUGUGCAGUACCUGCCAAAUGUAAACUGUGUAAAUAACAAUAAACAAAACCCAUGAUGUAA